AUGCUCGCCCCGAAAAGAUGGCUCAAGUAUGCUGCGCUCGUAGUGUUCGUGACGACACUGUCGCUCUAUUUGAUUUUAUACCAGAACACCGAAAGUAUCUCCCGUCUGCCUCCGAGCACCGCAGCCUGGACAGGCAGCCCAACGGACGGACCUGAGAGCGCAGGCAGCAAGGAUGUACCACCAGGCUCCUCACCAGCCAAGACCGACGACGGCCAUCCGAUAUCAGACCUAAUCGAGAGCGCAUACGCGAGCUUCGCCGAGCUGCUCGGGAAGCGGUCCUGGAGUCUGUCGCAAGCCUCGGCGCGGUAUCGCGAGCGCCGCGGCCGCCACCCCCCGCCGGGCUUCGACAAGUGGUUCGAGGCGGCGCAGAGCAACAAUGCGAUAAUUGUGGAGGAGUUCUUCGAUCGCGUCUACCACGACAUCAACCCCUUCUGGGGCGUCGAUCCCCUCGAGAUGCGCCGGCGCGCGCACAUGGUGGAGCCCGUCAUUCGCGUCCGAGACGGCAAGAUAGCGCACUUGGAAGGCGACGACAAGAACUUAGCGGGUAAUGAGCGGGUGGUGCUGUGGUCGAAACUGGUUGAGGAGAUGUUGCCGCAUCUGCCGGAUCUGGAUAUGCCGAUCAACGUCUUUGACGAGUCUCGGAUGCUCGUGCCCUGGGACAACAUCACGGAAUACAUCGCAAAAGAGCAGGAUGCGCGCGCGCAGGGAAUCUUGCCACCCGCCGAAACGACGGCUAAGUACACGGCCUACUCCGACACGGACUUGGACUCGGAGCGGUAUAAUCCCAGCUGGGUUGACGAUAAGACGGACAUGUGGGAUUACGUCGCCCGCGCAUGCCCGCCCGACAGCCCGGGCCGGCAGCAGAAGAGCCUCGAGACAGCCACGGGCUCCAUCGACGACCUCUUCCCCACCAGCCCGAUGCCAUUCACGAAAGACGGCUUCAUCGCCAACUUCACACAAGCGCAGGACCCGUGUCUGCAACCCCACCUGCGCGGCAUGCACGGCACGUUCGUCGAGAGCUUCAGCAUGGCGGUAUCGACGGAGGACCUGUUCCCCAUCUUCAGCGGGUCCAAGAUCACGGCGAACAACGACAUCCUGAUCCCCGGCGCCAUGUACCUGUCCGAUCAGGUGCGCUACUCCGGCGGCGCGGACUACGGCGGGCCCUGGGCCGCGAAGAAGACCGGCUUGGUGUGGAGGGGCACGGCGAGCGGCGGCCGCAACCAGGAGGACAACUGGUGGCACUACCAGCGCCACCGCUUCGUGCAGAUGACGAACGGGUCGGCCGUCGCCCGCGCGGAGGCCUCUGGGGAUGAUGCCGAGGAAUCCGGCCCCACCACCUUCAACCUCCGCGCUGCCGGGACGUACGACGUCCCGGCGCAACGGGAAGCCCGACUGGGGGCCUGGGUGGACGGGUGGAGCGACGUCGGGUUCAACCGCCUCGACUGCUGGCCCGAGCGGCACAACUGGCUGGGCCGCCUUAAGGUCGACUGUCCAUAUACUGACCCAUUCUUCGCGCUCGUGGGGUCCAAGUCUAUGCAAGAGCAAUACAACACCAAGUUCCUCCCCGAUGUGGACGGCAACUCGUACUCGGCGCGCUGGCGGGGGUUCCUCUUGAGCACGAGCUGCCCGCUCAAGGCGACCGUCUAUGCCGAGUGGCACGACGACCGCAUGGUGCCCUGGCUGCACUUCGUGCCCUUCGAUAAUACGUUCAUGGAUAUCUAUGCCGUCAUGGACUAUUUCCUCAGCGGCCACGAUGCGCAGGCGCAGCGUAUUGCGGAGGAGGGCCAUGAUUGGGCCCAGAAGGUGUUGCGGCGGGAAGACAUGAUGCUGUAUGUUUGGAGGCUGCUGUUGGAAUAUGGGCGGGUGAUGGACCCGAAUAGAGAUACUCUAGGUUUCGUCGACGACUUGUCGGGCACGCCGUCUUAG